AAGAUGAUUAAAACCACAGCAGAUGAGCGCCCCUAGUAUGUAGCGCUGGCUCCAAGGUUCAUACCCCGUAGGUACAGAAACAAACAAACUAAAAGUAGCAUCAGCCCCGCAGGCCGUACUACCAUACAAAAAUCAUAGUAAGAGACAGAAACAAAAACAAUGCCCGAAGCCCGUGCUCCCGCGUUCGGGGGUAUCGUUCCCGGGGGACGAGAUCACGGCCCGGGACUCACCCGGCUUCCUACGGAUGAGGAUUUUUCCGCUAAAUUGCCUUCCAUGAUCAAGUUCGAGCGCCAGUGCAGCAGCAGCUCCACAAGUCUGGAAAGUACCUUCCGCCGGCAAGCUACCAAGGAGGACUUGUCUACCACGAUGCGGGGCAAGUUGCGGAACCGGAUUUGUGUGGACGUGCUGUGUAUCCUGUGCAAAGGUAUCGUACUCCUACUCGUAUAAGUGCAUUACAAAUUCCCUCAGCAUGAAAAAUAAAAUUUGUAAUACGUCAAGAAAAAAAUUUGUAAUGCAUGACUGCAAUACGCGUACGAUGCUUUUGCAAUGCAUAUUGGGCUGCCGUCGGUGCAGACAGCGGGCGGACGGAGCGGGGAGUGGAUCUGGAAGUAAUGGCAACAAAACGGACAGGAUUUGAUACGAAGGGUUUUUUUGAAACGGGAAUUUUAAUUUUUAAGCAAGUGCAGAGCUGUUCCACCCACGACAUCAUCUCGAACUGUGCCCACAGCAACCAAAGCUGCUUAAUAGACAAGCCAGUAGCACCAGCCGGCUCUCCUGUUCAGGCAUUGAAGUGUGCCAGCAUGAGUAAAUGGCAACGCGGCCUGGACGUGCCACACGUCGCUAAGAUGAGGAAAAGUCGAAGCCCAGAUUCAAGAUGCACGAAACGCGAAUCUGAGCGAGCGACUCCAGCGAAGUUAUGAAUGCACACUGACUCGUCAUCUGUUGUUUAGUUUACCUCAAGCUGAACCUACCAAAGCGUAGGCGCCGCGUAAAAGACAUAAAUUACAGCUGGAACCCAUGGCGGUGGCGCCCAUACCGCCAUCAAUGGGCCACCCAU